CUGAGUAGUAUAUAGCCGUGAAUUUCUUGCGAUAGAUUUUUCAUUUAGUUCAUUAUCACAAUAAUAAAAUAUGACUUCAGGUAUCAGUUUUCGUCAACUGUCAAAGGCUUUGAGAUCAAAUAUUGCAGCUGUAGAAAGAGCUGCAAAUAUUUCAUCUGUCAGGCAGUGUUUGUACUGCAGACACAUUUCUUCAGUUACAAGGUCGAGGACAAGUCAACAUCUGCAAAUUCUGUCAAGUGCUAGGAAGACAUUGCUGCAAAAUGUUCGAACAAUGUUUAUUCAGACCCAAGAUACACCAAACCCAAGUUGCCUCAAAUUCAUUCCUGGUGUGCAGGUACUUGAGAGCGGAACAAAAGACUUCCCAAAUGGACAGACAGCUUUCUGCUCUCCCCUGGCUAAGCAGCUAUUUCGAAUUGAUGGAGUGAAAGCAGUAUUUUUUGGCCAGGAUUUUAUAACAAUUACAAAGGCUGAUGAUGACAUGGACUGGGGAGUAAUCAAACCGGAUGUGUUUGGAGCAAUCAUGGACUUCUUUGCCACCGGCCUGCCAGUCUUGACUGAUGACCAACCAUCCCCUGAUACAGCUCCAGAUGAGGAUGAUGACGAGACUGUUGCAAUGAUAAAGGAGUUGCUUGACACUCGUAUCCGGCCUACUGUACAGGAAGAUGGCGGUGACAUUUUGUAUAUGGGUUACGAGGAGGGCAUAGUGAAGUUGAAGAUGCAGGGCUCGUGUACAGGAUGUCCAAGCUCUACGGUGACCUUGAAAAAUGGCAUUCAAAACAUGCUUCAGUUCUAUAUACCAGAGGUCACCGAGGUCAUACAGGUUGAGGACGAAGCUGAUGAAGUAAUCAAUUCCGAGUUCGAAAAACUGGAACAGAAACUUGGCGAGAAGCCUGAACCCACGUCGACCUGAAACCACCCCGACCAGAACUCACCUCGACCUGAACCCACCUCGACCUUCUCUUCUUGGGACAAAAGCGUCAUUUCAAUCAUGAAUCUGUUAUAUUUCUGUUAAAAAUAAACGACAUUAAACGUUGAAGUGUCUUUCACCAAUUUCAUUGAUGUAAAUUAACCUUCCAAUUAAUGUAACUGGAUGGACUGAAUAUGUAUAGGGUGUAUGACCAAUUGUUUAUGAACAUGCUCCAAUGAAACAAUCAUUUCUCAAGGUAUAAAACAUAUUAAACAUAAUCAACUGUGGUGAAACACUUUUGUUGAAUAAAUGAAAUACAUAUUCUUCAACUGUGUUUACUGAAAUAUUUCUGACAAUAAAAGGUGUACCAGGAACUGAAUGCUGACGUAUGUAAAACCAGUUUUGUAACAUUGGCUUAAUUGAUGUUUGCUCUUGUAACAAUGGCUACUAUGGACGUCUUUUAAUAAACAUAUAUUUUCUCGUGAUUAAACAUAUGAUCCCUCAUUCUCAUUCAUCAGAAGUUUGAUUAUGAUAAAUCUGUGAUACAUGUAGCUUCACCACUCUGGUGAACGGGAAUAAUGUUCUCCUAAUUAAAACUAUAUUCUCCUUGUAGUCACAAGCUGGUAAAAAAUGUGAGAAGAUUUAUAAUGAGCACCCAUUACUAUCUAAAGAAAGUGUAAUGGAGACAAUGAAGGAUUGCUCACUUUUUGUAUUUGUUUUGCUGUAAUUGUGUGUGGUAUAUUGACUGCGAUCGCUAUGUUAUGUAGUCGAGUAAAGACAUGUUUGUGAGGAAUGUAUUCUAAAUAUUCAUCACCAGGCUCAUUUAAAAACAUUACAUUCUUUGUAGUGUUUUAUAAACAUCGCAGAAUUUGAAAAUUUUCGGAGCGUUAUUAAACUAGGUUUUGCAUAUUGUGUUGUAAAAGUAUUAAUUCUUUGAGGGAUUGUCAAUCAGUCAAUAAUGAAUAUGCUGUUUUCAAAAAGAUUCUUGGUGAAAAUGUUCAUAAGAAUUCACAAUUAAGGUGCUUGUCUUCUAUGUUUUUUGUUAUUUUAUGAACAGCCAUUGUUAGUUUUUUUUAAUUCCACUUUAAAAAGGCAUUAUUUGACUAAGUUAAGACUUAACCUAGAAACGUUUAUGAAUACGACCUCUGGCCUCUAUCUUACAGGCUUGUACCAGAUUUAAUAUGAAUAUAGGAUCUCAAGUCUAGAUAAAACUGUUUAGUGGAUGCAAACAAUAUUUAUGUCAUGCAAAAUAAAACCAAUGAAAUGC